AUGGCAGACCAAAUUAACGACUUGCUUAGCCGGCUCUCCGGGAAGGAGCUGCAUGUGCCUGACUUGCUCACUCUCCUUGGUGAUUGGCAGACGGACAUUAACCCUCACCUGGACCAGCUUCGGCAGCGGGUAAGACCAAUGCUUGAAGCCAGCGUUAUAAAUAAUCCCGAGAAGAUCAGUAAAGUCAUUGAUUAUGAUUUUGCACUUCUUGCUUGUCUGAUUUGCCCAAAUGCCGGUUGGGAGGAAAUUCAAAGCUUUGCUGUCUUUCUCAUAUGGAUAUUUGUCUGGGAUGACGAUUUGGACCUGGCUGAACCUAGCAUUGCUGGUACCAAAAGCGAAGCAGCUGCAUACUGUAGAAAGUCUGCCGAAUCAGCACAGAUGUCUCUCGGGCUCUCCCCUCCAGAAGGCAACAUCGAGGUCAAAAUGCGAUCUCCAUUUCCGAUAAUGGAUCUAUUCGACAAAUUUGCCUCAUCGCUAGUCAAUGGCACUGACCAAGUGCAUCGCCAGCGCCUUUUCGCUGAGAUUGAAUUUUACAUCUCCGAAGUUGUGAUAGAACAUGCGCGACAACAUGAUAGGGCUCUACCGAAUGUGGACGAGUAUCUACAGAUGCGCAUGGGCACGUCCGGCAUGCUGGUAUUUCUUGCUUUUUCCGACUACAUGAAUAAAAUGCGCCUCCCAGAAUGGAUCAUGCAGGCGGACGAGAUGACUAUUUUGAAAAAUGAGACGACCAAGUUGGCUAUGUUUGUCAACGAUAUCUACUCCCUACAGAAAGAAAUCAUGUCUGGAGCCCCGCAGAACAUUGUUCCCAUACUGCUAAAUACAAGCAGCACGACGACUUUGGCAGAGUGUAUGGACGAACUCACAACUAUGAUUUGUGAUUCAGUUCAAAAUUUUGAGAAGGCUCUUUGCAAUUUAGAUGCCACAACCAGGGAAGAUCGUACAUUACACAACGACUUGCAUGUUUACGCUGAUAAUUGUCGUACCUUGGUUACUGGCCUGAUAGAAUGGAGCAAGAAGACUACGAGGUAUAGUCUAGGCCAGUAUGAGGUUAGGGGUGGGGGUCUUAAGAUCCCUCUAUAA